CUUUAACAUCUGCAGAAAAAAUGGCUCGCGGACCCAAAAAGCACUUGAAGCGCCUCAAUGCUCCCAAGCACUGGAUGCUGGACAAGCUCACCGGCACCUAUGCUCCCAGACCCUCGGCUGGCCCUCACAAGCUCCGUGAGUGCUUGCCUCUUGUUAUCUUGAUGCGUAACCGUCUCAAGUACGCUCUCAACGGCAAGGAGGUCUUGUCCAUCCUUAUGCAGCGUUUCGUCAAGGUUGACGGCAAGGUCCGCACCGACACCACCUUCCCCGCCGGUUUCAUGGAUGUGAUCACUAUUGAGAAGACUGGCGAGAACUUCCGUCUUGUCUAUGAUACCAAGGGUCGUUUCACUGUCCACCGUAUCACUGCUGAGGAGGCCAAGUACAAAUUGUGCAAGGUCAAGAAGGUUCAGCUCGGUGCCAAGGGCAUUCCUUUUGUCGUCACUCACGAUGGUCGUACCCUUCGUUACCCUGAUCCUUUGAUCAAGGUCAACGACACUAUCAAGCUUGACCUUGAGACUGGCAAGUUCAACGAAUUCGUCAAGUUCGAAGUUGGUAACGUUGCCAUGGUUACUGGUGGUCGUAACACCGGUCGUGUCGGUGUCAUCACUCACCGUGAACGUCACAUUGGAGGUUUCGAUAUUAUCCACAUCAAGGAUGUUCUCGACCGUCAAUUCGCUACCCGUGUCUCCAACGUUUUCGUCCUUGGUGAAGGCAAUAAGCCUUGGGUCUCUCUUCCCAAGAACAAGGGUGUUAAACUCACCAUUGCUGAGGAGCGUGAUCGCCGUCGUGCUGCUGCCAUCUAAAGAAGAAGUGAAGAAAAAUAACAAAAUAAAGAUCCCUUUUGUUUGUGGGUUCAGUAAACAUACCUGAUACCAG